AUGGAGCCGAAACGGGAAUGUCCAAGUCUCACUUCCUCUGACGGAGAGCCGCCCACCACUUCCUCUGGUGACGAUACGAACACCGUCUCUUCUGGAGAGCACGAGUCCGAGUCCGGGUCGAACGACGAACCAGCAAAGCCCUUGCAAAGGAAGAAGUCCUCUUCGGACUCGGACUCAGACUCGGACUCGGGUGAUGAAUCCAACCCCAAGGAUGGGAUCUGCGCUGUCAAGUCCCUUGAUUCGACCAAGGAGGGUACACAGUUGAAGAAGCCGAGGUUUCAGCGCCUUUGGAGCGACAAAGAUGAGAUCAAGCUCCUCCAAGCUAUGAUCAAAUUCCGCAAGAAGAUGAACCUAAGCCCCUCUACCAACUCCCGUGCCUUCAACGAUUUCCUCAACGACAAACCAGUGAAGUUUGAAUUCCCUGCCGGCAAGUCGCAGAUCCGCAACAAGAUUAGAAAAAUGAAAGCAAAGUUCACAAACCGGUGUAAGACAGGGCGUGUUUGGAAGAAGCCCCAUAAUCAGAAGGUGGCUCAGCUUUCCUACGUCCUCUGGGGUGGUGGUGUGAAGAAGACUAAGGCUCCGGACAGUGCCGACGAGAAUGUUGUUGAUCUACUAGAGUCGCCGGAGAAGUUCGAGGACGACGAAUGGGCCAGUAUAUCUUCUCAACUGCAGCUGGCCAGCACGGGGCUUGAACAGAAAGUUUUGAGGAUUGGCGUGGGAAUGAUCGGCCCGUCAGAGAUGGAGAAAUUAAAAGAAAAGUGGCGUCGAUUGCGCUUGUCCGAAUUACAGAUCGCCCACGACAGGGCGAAGCUCGUGAAUGAACAGGCGAAACUGAUCAUGGAUGGUUAUCGUCGAGCGAUGGAACAGGUGUAG